ACUGCAAGCUCCGCCUCCCGGGUCCACGCCAUUCUCCUGCCUCAGCCUCACAAGAGGUGGGGGGCCCUGACGGAGCCCUCUCCCAGCUGCCCCUGGCCAAGCUCUUCCCUCCAGACAACCCCGCCCACCAGCCGCAGAUGCUGGAGCGGAGCCUGCGGGAGGAGGAGCUGCGAGCACAGCACCAGGCCGCGCUGCUGCACCUGCGAGAGAUGGCGCUGCAGGAGAAAACGCUCGCGGAGCUGGCCUGGCUGGAGCAUCGGCGAGGGUGCCUGGACAGCAAGAGGGACAGAGCUGUGCUGGCCAUGCUGGUGGAGAAGCAGCAGCAAGCCCUCAGCAGAUUCGAGAAGGAGCAGAGGGAAAUCCAAUACCUGCGCCACACGCAGCUGCUCAGGCACCGAGACAGGAAGCUGUUUUUGCAACAUCAGAGGGACGUCGUCUCCAUGCCGGGGCCUGCAGGAGCCCUCCCCAUCCCGGGGCCCGCGGGCACCCGCCCCAUCCCAGGGCCCAGGGACGCACUCCCCAUCCCAGGGCCCGCAGACGCCCUCCCCAUCCCGGGGCCCACGGAAGUCCUCCCCAUGACGGGGCCCGCGGACGUCGUCCCAGUGCACGAGCUGCAGGUCCGGGCCAAGCUGCCGCAGGGCUCCAGCCCCAGAGUCAAGGUCACCUGGGAGGGCGGCUCAGAGACAAGCCAGCAGCCAGAGGCCUCCCUGUGUCCCCUGACCCUGCGCAGGCCCAGCAGCCCCACCAGCCGUCGCCCCCAGAGCAGCCCCGCAAGCUCGAAGGCCAAACGCCCUCCCGCGGAGCAGCGGGAUGUGACGCCGCCCCAGACAACCUCCGACGCAGAUGGUCACCAGCAGCCUCCGAGGCCAGCGUGGGGCGAGGACACACACGACCCCCGGGGCCCGCUGGUGGAGAGCGGCAGCCACAUCAGCCAAGAACCUGGGGAGCAGCCUCGGGCCCCUCAGCCGGACCUGCAGCCCGCGAGCCCCCCUGACGGACAGCGGCUGGGCCCAGCCUUUCCCGCCGAGGAGGCGGAGGGGCGCUUCCCCACAGCUCAGCGCAGGUCACAGGAGGCGAAGGAGCCGCUCCCAGGAGACCCUCAGACCAAGCCCGGCCCUUCCUUAGCGGGGAAGCCCCGGGCUCCGACAGACAGCCACGUGAGGAGCUUCGGGGAACGCAGCCAAUCCUCCUGGGGCAGAGAAGGUCCUUGUGGCCCACAGGAAGCCAGCCAGGUGACUGAGGGCAGCACGAGCGAAGAGGGCUCGGAAUUGGGGCUGGAUUUUGCCGGGAGUCCCGUGGAGGAGUCCCAGGAAACCGAGAGCUGGCGAUCAGGGGAGCAGAGGAUGGAGGCCUGCCUGCAGGAGGUCCCCGGCGUCUCCUCCACCUGGCUGGAAACUGCCCGGGCUGCUGCCUCCCCAGCAGCUCCUGUGGCUCCUGAGGAGGUGGCGCUCCCGAUCCUGCACCAGGGCAGUCCCCUUCUCCCCGCCACCCCCUCCUGCGGUCCAGGCUCUGAGUCUGCUUCCGGAACCUGCUGGGGGCCUUCGGAAGAAGCCAUGGUGUCAUCCCACACCUCCCCAGCAGGCUCUGUGACCAGCCUGUCCUGUCCCUCUCUCUGGGAGUUCCAGAAAGCAGCGGCUACGCUGGUCCAACUUUCUGAGAGCUCCAGCUCUCUUCCCGGCUUGGAAGCUGAAGAUUCCCCAGACAACGGUUUUGCCUGGCCUGGAGAGCUCUCUGCCCGACACUCCUCUGAGGAAGCUGGCCUGCCUUUGUCCUGGGGGCCAAACCAGGGUGAGCCUCGGCCAGGCAGUGUUCCUGGGGGUGGAGGACGGGUCACCUGGCAGAGGCCCCAGGGCAGUGGGGCCAGCCCCCUGUGUGGUUCCUCCUUGGACACGGCUGUGGCAGAAGGUUCAGCACCGGAGCAGAGCCCGAAGGCAGGCUGGCUGCUGCCUUUCCCAGACGUCCCUUCUCCAAGGUCAGGCUCAGAGCUGUCAGAGGCCUCCAGCGAAGUCUGGGACGAGGACAGUGAGAAGGACUUGCCAGAACCCUGCACUGGGGCCGAGCCAGCCUCGGGGAGCUCCCUGCCUGCAGGUGGUUCAUCGGGCCUUGAAAGUGGUGUGGAGACCCAGGUGGCUCUUCCCUCCCCAUGGCCUGGGGAGGGGCAGGAAGCUUCUGGGACCAGCGAGAGCCUGACGGGGGUGUCAGACACAGGAGAAGCAUGCCGGGCACCCCCGGAGGCCGCCGGUGUGGUGUUCCCACCCCAAAUCUCUUCUGCCAGCGACUCGGACUCGCUGCCGGCCUUUCCUCUGGGGACCUCUGGGAGUGAAGGAGCAGAUUUCGGCAAAGGAGGAGAGACUUUGGGCUACCAGGAGGAAACUCGGGAUGCUGACUCGAGUCUGUCCACCAAGAGCAAACUCCCGCACCUCAUGCCAGAGCCCGAGACCCCGGUGACCCUGCAGGCUCCUCCCGGGGACCUGGGCAGGCUGGCACUCCCAGUAGCUGAGAGCCGGGUGCCUGGGCCCGGUGGGAAUGGAGCCCCCACUGUCCUGGAGGAAGCCUGUCCCCCACUUGCCAGUGACGUCUUGACUGAGAUCCUAUCUCCCGUGGACGAGUUGCUGUCCUACAGCAGUGCCGACCUCCCGUCCUCCAUCCACAGGGAGGACCCCCUACCCCCACCUCCUCCCACUCCCCAGGCACAGAGUGAUGGCAAAGACACCAACCCAUGCUCAGAUGCCUUCCCUUCCCCGCCCUCGGGGCCCCUCGGGGAGGACACCGCCAUCAUCACCCAGGAUUUGUCCUCCUUGUCUGAGGAGAGUCUGCCGGAGGGACUGUUUCCUGGGCCCCAGGGGUCCGCGGGAACCCAGGAGUCGGGGCUCUGCCCAGGGGUGGCUGGACCGGGUGGAAGCCUUGAGGACCAGUUGGGUAGAUGCAGUUCUAUAGCAGAGGAUGAGGCCGGAGGCAGCCAGUGGCCUGAACCUGUCAGCUGGCCAGGGCGCCCGUCGUGUGAGGGGUCGGGCAGUGUCCCCGGAGGGCUCCCAGGACCAUCAGUGCAACCCCCAGCUCCAUCCAGAGUGGCCUCUGUGGCCAGGGAAGGUCUGUCAGGGCUGUUGGCAGCUGGUGACGCGGACGUGACGAGUGGCAGUUCAUCGGGGGACUGGGAUCCUGCUUUGGGUACAGGGUUCUGGGCUGAUGUGGCCUUUGAGGAGGUCUUGGGCCGUCGGGGAGAGCCCUGGGAAGGAGCGCAGAGCUCUGGGUGUGCAGAGAGCCAGGGAGGGUCGGGGCAGCUCUUGGUGGGUCUGGAUGAGCUCCUAGACACUGCUUCAUCUGCAGCGGGGCCCCUGGGCAGCCAAGCCUGCUUGGCCAAGACCCCCACCAGGGGCCGAGACCCCAAAGAAAUACUGGGUAAGAGCAGGAAGGCAGCCACACCUCCACAGGCAGCCACACCUCCACGUCCCCGGGAAGCAGCCCCGGCAGCCUCUCCCCCAGGCCAAGUACCCUUGGCCACCCGUGGAAAGUGUGAGUCCCUGGAGCAUGCCGGCAAGGACAUCGAGGGAGGCCUGAGCCGCCAGGUAGAGGACUCACCCAGGCCCGAGGGCGCACUGGGCAGAGAGCCGCUCCUGGAGACAGACUCAGGCCGUUGUGCACAUCUCCCAGGUGUGGAGCGAGACCAGGCAGUGGACCUCGUCUCCACGCGGCUCACCAGGAGGGUCCUGCAUGACUCCUUAGCUGCUGUCUCCACACUGGCCCCCAGGUGUGGCCCCUAGGGAGUGUUUUCUGGAACUACAGAGAUGCACAGGCGUCCACGAUGUCAUUGUGAGCUGUGUGUGGCACACACAUGCACACGUGGGAGUAAGAACCUAGAGGCCUGGACUUUCCCAGGGCGGACCGGCCAGGCGGCCGGCUGUGCAGGAGGGCCACCUGGACCUUCCCAGGGUGGACCAGCUGGGCAGCUGGCUCUGCAGGACGGUCGCCUGGACCUUCCCAGGGUGGACCGGCUGGGUGGCCGGCUGUGUGAGGGAUGGUGGCCUGGACUUUCCCAGGGUGGACCGGCUGGGUGGCCGGCUGUGUGAGGGAUGGUGGCCUGGACUUUCCCAGGGUGGACCGGCUGGGUGGCUGGCUGUGUGAGGGAUGGUGGCCUGGACUUUCCCAGGGUGGACCGGCUGGGUGGCCGGCUGUGCGGGACGGUCGCCUGGACCUUCCCAGGGUGGACCGGCUGGGUGGCCAGCUGUGUGAGGGAUGGUGGCCUGGACUUUCCCAGGGUGGACCGGGUGGGCGGCCGGCUCUGCGGGACGGUCACCUGAAGCUGGGCCCAGACUGCACACCCACUCCUUCGCAUCAAAGCCAUGAAGAGGCGUCCAAGAAAAGGCGUUGCAGCCCAAAGCCAAGAACAGUCAGAGUCGUCAAGAACAGGAGCGAGGGCAGGGGUGGAACAGCGCCUAUGCCAGGACAGGGGUCAUGGGGAUCAGCGAAGGCCAAGAGAGGAAGAGAGAACAUUUGGGGUAAAGAAGAGCUGGGGUGGGCCCGGCUGGUGCUGACUCACACCCCUGAGCCCUGCUUAGAAGACAGUCAGGGGCAUUUGCCUACUUUGACUUUGGAGGUGCCUCCCCCCGCCACCCUCUACCCCACCCACACGGCCAGCAGAUGACGUGCAGCUGGGGGGACUGGGCAUGGGCGUCUCUCACCUGAGCUGCACAGAUCAGAGGAAGCCGCAGCUCAGCGGCCCAAGGUCAUUUCCCCUGCAGCCCGCACAGCCGGGGGCUUGUCCUCUGGGAGUCAGUGGCCCAAGAUCUCUUUUGGAGCAUGUUUGGGACUCGCUGUGCCUGGAAGGCCAGGGCAUCCGAUUUCUCCUGGUGUCAUGGACUUUUCUUUGCUUCCAGAGCAUUCGCUGGGACCCCUGUAAUUUCUCCGGGACCCUUUUGAAUUUGAGGGUCUCUCCUUGAAUGGGGAGUUGAUGGGCAGCGUGUUGGCCUCAGGGACCUCUGUGUCCCAGCACUGAUCCCUCCAGGAUGUGGCUUCUCCUGUCCAGGGCCUCAGGCCUCCUCCACUUUGAGAGGGGACCACACUCCAGACUUUAUGCAUGCAGUCCGGUGGGAGACAUCACAAAGCUGGCCUGGCAAAGCCCUAAGGCGCCAGGUUGCAGGACACACAGAGCUGCCAGGGCCCUCUACCCCAUAGCUCUGGUGAAAGACCCCAGGCCCCUGAGAACCCCUUUGGGCCCCCUUCCGUGAGGUAAGAGCCCCUCUCCAGACACCCCUUGCUGGGCAGCAGCUAGGCCCAGCCUGCCUUCUCCAGCCCCGGGGCGGCUGCUCAGCCCCAGGUGCCGUUAGGAUGGCCGGCCUGUGUCAGGGCCCCCACUCAGCAUGUGUGUGGGAAGCCCAGCUCGGGCCGGGCAUCUGAUUUUGCGCCAGCUCCUGCCCAGCCCACCUGAGAACGCAGAGGUUUGGAUCCAGUGGGGAAUGUAUUCCUGCGCCGUGCUCUCAGUUUCAGAACAAACUUUGAGCUGAGCUACAGCUUUCUCACGGAUCCCCUUCUAGUCUUCCGAACAAAUCAGUCUGUGAUUUUUUAUUUUUUUCCAUUUAUUGCUGACCCUUUUGGAUUUAUGAGGCCGUGGGAGAGGAAUUAUGUAUUUCACACACACGCAUCUGGCACGGCAAUAAAUCUCCUCCACUGAAGCCCCCGCAGAUUUGCGGCAAAUCCGAUGGCUUCCCGGCUCGCCGCCACAUGGUUGGUGCUGACGUGCGGUGUGAUGCAGUGGCGGCUGCACUCACAGCUGGACUUUCCCUGGGAUCCCAGCAGGUGCCGGUGGCAGGGUGCCCUUGAAUGGGGCUGGUCGUGAGGAACGAAGGCAAACCCGGGCCAGGGCUUCCAAGGACAGCAGCGCUGGAGGGGGCCGGAGCUAUCAGGUUACUCUGACUGCAGGAGAAAAAGCCACUCCACCAGAGGUGUAAAUACAUUUAAUCUCCCAACAUGACACAUACAGAGCAGAGGGCUUUGGCAUUCAGAUAUAUCGACCGGGCGAGAUGGUAAUCCAAGGUUCCUCCCCUUCAAGGUCUCCUGCUGUUCUUGUCUGGGCUCUGAUCUGUCGUCACCGCUUGGGCCAAUAAAUCUUGAUACCGGCCUCCAGAGAA